CCAUAGCCCUAAUCGAGUCUUUUGAUCCAAGACUGAGUUCUUUUUCUGUUCCUAGUCCGAGCCUCUUCAUUUGUAAAGAGUACUUAUGUCUGACCCCAAAGUAUGGCUAAUCACAGGCACAUCAUCAGGCUUUGGUCGCCGGUUAGUAUCAAUCGUUCUAGAACGCGGUGAUCGCGUAGUCGCAACAGCUCGAUCUCUGCAGAAGAUACAAGAUUUCCCCCAAUCUCCGAACCUACGCCUCCUAGAGCUUGAUGUGGCUUCCGGAACGACUGUCAUCAAGGAACGGGUAGAUGAGGCGGCUAAGAUGUGGGGAAGGAUUGAUGUAUUGGUAAACAAUGCAGGUAUUGGACUGCUGGGAAUCCUUGAGGAAUGCGGGGUGGACAUCAUGAUAAGACAAUUCCGCCCCAAUGUCUUGGGUGUGCUAGACGUCACGAAUGCAGCAUUGCCAUAUAUGCGUGAAAGGAAGAGUGGUACAGUAGUUAUUAUCGGGAGUCGCAGCGCCUGGAGGCCUGAAGUUAUGGGACUUGGUGCUUAUGCUUCAUCAAAGGCAGCCGUGCAGGUAAUGGGCGAGACACUUGCCGUGGAACUCGCACCACUCAACAUACGCGUCCUGAUCGUCGAGCCUGGCGCCUUCCGCACCGAAAAUAUAUACAGCAAUAAAUUUGACACAUCGACGAAUCCUAUACCUGAUUAUGAUGAAACACGAGCCGAGACACUUGUGAGGUAUGAGGCUAUCCCUGGCAAGCAACCAGGAGACCCCAUGAAGGCGAUGAAACUCGUCGUAGACGUCGUACGGGGAGAGGGCGUUGCAGCUGGGAGGGAGUGGCCGUUGUAUCUCGUCUUGGGAGAGGAUGCAGAGAGAGAUAUCAGACAUAAAUGCAUGACGAUGUUGAAGCAUCUUGAUGAAUGGCAGGACGUAAUCCGGGACAUGAAUCUAUGAACCGAUACUACAUCACACAACUAGUAUGUAUAGGGUAAAUGUUAUGAACACAGGAUGUAGAAUAGCCUUGUUGUCUCAGGAGGCUUGCUAUCCCGCCUACGAACAAGUCUGCUCUGGG